AUGGCACCAAAGAAAAGGAAACAAGCUUCAUCUAAUCAAGGAGAUACAUUUGUUGUUUUACGUGAUAGCAAAACUUCAACUUUACAUUUGAUUCCAACGAAUCAGUUAUCAUAUUCAAAAAGAGAGAACUUAAAGAUUAGUACAGCGGCUACUUUCAAUGGUGCUGGUGAUGUAUCUCGUGGGUUCAAGGGAAUAAUUCUUGCGAAAGGCACAAGAGAUCAAUGUCAACAGAGUUUGUCGAUAAUAGAAAAGACAAACUCAAAAGAUGGACAGAUUUCAAAUGAAGUAAAAUCCGAUUCAUCACAUACUUUACAUAUCGAUGAACGUACUGAAUCAAGUGAUAGCGAUGAUCAUGAAAAUGCCGAAAACCAGCCCGAUAUCGAAAAUAAAACUGGACCUGAUUUACCUAUUUCUGAAGCACUUGCUACAUCAGUUCAAAAGAAAUCGAACACUGCAGAUAUGUCAUCUUCAACUUUUGUUAAUACUGACACUUCUUCAGCUACGACAGCGAAUUUAAGUUCAUCUAGUGACGCUGCAUUAAUAGAUUUAACGAAUGGUGCUGGUAUGGGAAGUAAAAGGAACGAAGCUUCAAUGGAAUCAAAAAUUGUCACUAACAAGAAAAUAAAACUUUCUGGAACAUUUACUCAGGCUGCGUGUGAAAAACUAGCACGUGAAAACGUACAGUUGAAAAAAGAAUUAGACAUGUACAAGGAAAACUGGAUGCCACGACCAACUGGGGCAGCUAAGAAUUAUAUCGUCGAUGUUGGAAGAGUUUUAUCCGGCGAAUUAAAUAAUAACGAAGAAGAUAAAGGUGAAAAAUUAGAAAACAUAUGCACGACUUUAGGAUUGAACGAAAAAGAAUUGAAAUCUUGUGAGCACAAGACUGAUAUUACUAAGACUUGCCGACAGAUCGUUAAAAAACUCUAUUCAGAACCUAAAGAACGUGCUAAACUCAGCGUUGUAAAAAUGGAUCUCCAGGUGUUACAAGCAAUUCAUAGUUAUGCGAAACUCGCUCAUCCAGCGAUGUCAAACAUUCAAAAUUGUAUGCUGAAUAACGCUAUCGGAAAUGUCUUUGCAACUGAUAAACGAAAAUACGAAAACGACGAAACAAAUGUAUCUGAAGAAGAGGAAACAGAAGAUGAUGACGUAACUAAUUAA